AUGGCGCCCGCGACAAGCUCCGAUCACGUCCCCUCCCCCGGAAACGCUUUCUCGCCGAGUGGAGUCGCUGUGCCACCCAUGCGCAUGCCGCAUCUAGAUUUCAUUUAUCGUAUCGUCUGCGACAUGGAUCCAAACGUGUCCGAGAUUGCAAAUAUCGAUAACACCGGCGUCACCCGUCUUGUUCUGCCUAUCUUGAGCGGGUCAGUCAAAGGCCCCAGGGUUGCGGGCAAGAUUGUGGAGAGAAGCGGCGCAGACUGGGCAGAGCGUAUCAGCCCUGACAAGUUAUUCACAAGGUUGCACGCUAGGUACACACUUCAGACUGAUGAUAAUGUCUUUAUUCUCGUCAACGCCCAGGGUGUCUUCCGCACUGGCCCUGGCCAACCGGAAAAGCUGCCACGAUCUGUAUCGCAGGAUGAUGUUGAGUAUUUUACGCACAUCAGGUUUGAAGCACCAGGGGGGAGCCCGUACGACUGGAUGAAUGCUGUGGUAGCGAUCGGGGUAAUGACUAUGUUUGAAGGACGCCCUAUUAUUGACUGCUAUCGACUCACAAACUUCCCUGGUAUAGCGGCAGAGAAGCUAUGA